GUUCUCUUCACUUACGUUCGAUUUUAGCUGUGUUGGCUGAAUUUUCUUUUUUUGAAAUUUUUUUAUUUUUUUUGAAUUUUUUUUUUGGUAAAAAAAUAACCGAAACAAAAAUGAUGUCCAGAUCGGUUCGUGCCGAAACACGUAGCCGUGCUAAAGAUGAUAUUAAACGUGUUAUGCAUGCAAUCGAUAAAGUUAGAAAAUGGCAAAAAAAAUGGGUUACAAUUGGUGAUACAACAAUGAAAAUUUAUAAAUGGGUACCAAUCACAAGCUAUGAUGAAACGAGUUUCAAAAUUAAAAGCUCAUCAUCAUCAUCAUCAUUAUCAACAAAAACGUCUGCUGGUGUAUCUCAACAACAACAACAACAAUCAACAACAACAACAUCGUCAACAAAAUCAAUUGAUCAGAAUAAUAAAGAAAAUUCUAAACCAAUCAGUAAUAAUAAUAAUAAUAAUAAUAUGGGAGAUGAUUCACAAAGUUUUCUACAAUCGGAAUGUUCAAGUCAAGAUAAUUCAAAUUCAAUAUCACAAUUAUCAUCAUCAUUAGUAUAUCAACCAAUGGAAACUAAUGAUACAAGUCAAAGUAAUCCAGCAGCAUCAUCAUCCGGUAAUAUUCGGACUAUUGUUAGCCAAACAAAUAGUAGUACAAUCAGUAUGUUGGAUGCACAUAAUGAUAAUGCACAAUUUCCGGAUAAUUGUCCAACAUCAUCAUCAUCAUCAAAUACUAAAACAAUUGAUAGCCAACAACAAUAGUAUAUCAAUCAAAGUGAAACACAAAAAAUUUAUUCUUAAUCAUCAAUAUUACCCACAAAGAAAAAUAUAUAAU